AUGGACGCAUUCAAGAAAGCAGGCCAAAACCACCUCUUCGCCAACUUCGACGCCCUUUCCUUGGACGAACAAAAACACCUCCAGAAACAGCUUUUGGCCAUUGAUGAUCCACAAAAGCUUGUUCUGACGGUUGAACAGGCUAUCCAGUAUUCCAAAGGUGCUGGUGAAAAAUCGUUUGCUCAGCUUCCUCAUGAACUGACUUCGUCCACCAUUGAACAGACAAAGGAGCAUUUGGACCGCUGGUUCGAUAUUGGCUUGGAGGCGCUUGCCAGGAACGAAAUCCAGGCGGAAAAGAUCUUGAAGGUGCAGCAGUUGGCCAAGGAGAAGUACCCUGAGCUGGAACCUAAGGUGCAGUGGUACAUUAUGACUUCUGGACCUACGAGAGAGGCUACCGAGAAGCACUUUGAGAAGAUGGAGCAUUUCGGGUUGCAGAGCGACCAGAUCACGUUCUUCAACCAGGGCACGUUGCCGUGCUUCUCUUUGGACGGGUCGAAGAUCUUGAUGAACUCGAGAUCGUCGAUUUGCGAGUCUCCAGAUGGAAACGGCGGUCUUUAUAAGGCCAUCAUCAAGGCUCGUCUUUUGGACGAUUUCCACGCUAAGAAAAUCAAGCAUAUUCACAUGUACUGUGUGGAUAACAGUCUUGUCAAGGUUGCCGACCCGUUGUUCUUGGGUUUCGCCAUUGAGCGUGAUUUCCUGUUGGCCACCAAGGCCGUGAGAAAGAGAGACGCCGCUGAGCUGGUGGGGCUUAUUGUUUUGGAAGAACAGAGCCAGAGACCGUGUGUGAUUGAGUACAGUGAGAUUUCCAAGGAUUUGACCGAAAAGCCCGAUCCUAAGGACUCUUCCAAGUUGUACUUGCGUGCUGCCAACAUUGUGAACCACUACUACUCGGUCGGUUUGCUUGAAGAGAUGUUGGACGAGUGGACUUCGUCCCAGGAGCACUUGCCGUUCCAUAUUGCCAAGAAGAAGAUUCCUUCUAUUGAUUUGAAAACGGGCGAGUUUGUCAAGCCAGAAGAACCCAACGGUGUGAAAUUGGAGCAGUUUAUUUUCGAUGUGUUCCCUUCGGUCAAUUUGGACAAGUUUGGAUGCUUGGAGGUGGAAAGAGCCGAGGAGUUCAGUCCGUUGAAGAACAACACCUCUGCUGCCAACGACAAUGCUCUCACAUGCAAGAAGCAUUUCCUCGAGUUGGGCACCAAGUGGGUCAGAGAGAACGGCGGUAUCGUUCCUGAAGGUGCCUUUGUGGAGGUUUCUGGGUUGACCAGUUACCACGGAGAGCACUUGGAGUUCGUCAAGGGCAAGGAGUUCAAGGACGGCGACCAGAUUUAG